CUCUGCCAGCUACAACUUAAUUCCCCUUCCACUUCUAAGCAGACUUCCCUCCUUCUCCAACCAGCCCAUUUUUCUUUUCUUCGUUCAUACAUUUAAUCCCGCUCAAUUCUUUACGACUUUCUUUGAUUAUCUUCAUUUGACUACUGUUUAAAAUGGCUUCUCCUCGUGCUGCUUCCCCCCUGACCUCUGGUGCCGAGUCUGGCCCAGACUCCAAGGCUUCUGGCUCUGGCGCUGGAGCUGCUGGCUCUGUUUCUUCCGUGGCCCGUACCUCCUCUCCCACUCCCCCCGGUGGUCCUCGAGCUGCUUUGCGUCGUCGCGCUGCUGCCGACCACAAAGAGUCUCUGCGCAAUGCCAGGCCCAGCUCGACUCGCGCUGCCGGUGCCGGUGGCUCUUCCGGUACCAUGCUCAAGCUCUACACUGACGAGAGCCCUGGCUUGAGGGUCGACCCUGUUGUCGUCUUGGUUCUGAGCUUGGGCUUCAUCUUUUCCGUCGUUGGUCUGCAUGUCAUCGCCAAGAUCACUCGCAAGUUCUCUUCGUGAUCAACGACUUUUCGUCUACUCUCGCCAUCACUCUCCUGCCUGCAUCAAGCGACAUCUGGUUUGACUGA